AAUCAAAUGCAAAGUAAAAAAAGAGAGAGAGAGCUAGUUAAGCUAUGUAGCCUAACCUUUCCUGUCUUGUUUUCUUUGUUUGGUUUUGUGUAUGGCUCAAAUACUAGCAAGCAACCCCAAUACUUCACAUAAACUUAUCUGCUCAAACUUCGCGUAUGGUGUUACAACAGGACCCAGAAAUGCAUGUUACAGAGUGAGAAGGAAAACCAAUGGUGGUGGGAAUGGUUUGGUGUUGCAAUGCAGCAGCAUAAGUAGUUCAGAAUUAUCUUGUGCUGAUCAGAAUGUGAAGGUACAAAUUGAGAAUGGUAGUGGAAAGCUAAAGCAGCAGAUUGAGUAUUUGGUGUGUGAAUAUGGAUGGAGGGUAAGGAGACUCAUUGAGAACGCAGAUGAGAUUAAGAAGGCAGCUCAAGUUCAGGCCGAAGCAUUCCAUGUGCCUGUUGCCCUUUUCAACGACUUGUUCUUCCAAUUCUUUCAGGCGGAAGUGCUUUCGGGACUCCUUUACAAGCUUAAUAACUCACCUCCUAAUAGGUAUGCUUGUUUGGUGGCUGAGCCAGCCAAAAACGAUACAGAUUCAUCAGAACAACUUGUAGGUGUCAUAGAUGUCACUGUCUUAAGAGAUCAAAAUGUGCUUCAACAUCUCCCUGCUGAAGCUGAAGAGUACCUUUACAUAUCAGGAAUAGCCGUCUCCAAAACUUUCAGGAGAAGAAAAAUAGCGACUGCUUUGUUAAAAGCCUGUGAUAUGCUUUCCAUUUUGUGGGGUUUUGAGUUUCUUGCACUUAGAGCCUAUGAAGAAGAUCUUGGCGCUCGCAAAUUGUACGCAAAUGCAGGGUACCAAGUUGUAUCUAGGGAUCCACCAUGGUCAAGUUAUUGGAUUGGAAGGAAACGUCGUGUUCUUAUGAUCAAAAGAACUAGUUUGCCUAAGUAGCUUAAUUUAGAAUUGUUAAGAGACAUCAAAGCAAAAUAACAGAAAAAAGUAAGUUUUUUCUAGGUACAUAGCAUGUGGUAGUAUUGUUCAUUAUUUCUCCCUGAUUGCGAACACGUAUUUCUCACCUUUUUUCAUCUUUUAUGAAAUGAGAAGAUUCGAUAGGUUUAGCAGAUAAGUCCUACCUAGAAUUCCACUUUUCCCUAAUUUAAGAACCAGCAGUUGGCUUAUGACUCGAAGUUCCUUCUUAAAGUCUGUGUGUCCUCUCAUCAUGAAAACCAGCUGAACGAAGUGCUGGAAAGUUCUUCACUCCAGCAGAGAUUAACUGUUUCGACCAGUUACAUACUAAUGCAAGCACGAAAUUUUUUAAAAAAAAAAGAGAGAGUAAAAAGGAUAAACAAAAAUAGAUUAGCUUAAUUUUGUCUUCUAUCCAUCCUAAUGCAUCUUUCUGAAAAAUAUCCAACCCUAAUGUAGAAUGCUUAUUGUUCAUUAUUUAGAGAUCCAAUGUUAACACUUCGUCAAUGGUGAAAUCAGAAAAUUUUGUGAAGGGGAUGAUGACAUUACAAGUGUAAUAUUCCUUGUAAAUUAUAACUAUUUGUGUAAAGACUUCUUAAAAUUUGAAGGGAGGAUUACUGUUUAUAUGACCAAAAAUAACAAAGAUACUGCUCAUAA